AUGGGCAGUGUGCACGACCAACUCUUCCUGGAUCCUGAUAUAUCAAUCGAUCACCAGGGCUCCGAGCAUUUCUGCAGCUUGGGAUCGCGAGGAAACCAUAGAUUUUUGUGGAGAGACGUCUGUGUUUGCAUGACCAAUCAAUCAAUAUCCCGCAGCCAGGGAAUUGACCCAGCAGUUGUUCCCACUGCUGCCGACUUCCGGUUCAACUUGGCUGCACAACCCUGGAAUAGCGGCACAGAGCAGAGAUAUGGGAUUAACUCUUCCCAUGCUGGCUCCAUGAGCCAGUUGAACGUGCGACGAAGCGGCCACCCGAGGGGUGCAGACCAGAAGGAUAGUCCGACCCCUAUCAAUGCGGAGCCCCUGCCUCAAAUCAGAGUGCGACGAAGCGGUCAGCCUAGGAACGCAGAAAAUUUCCACCUCCCACACUAUGGAUCUUCGAGUCGCGGCCAUGGGCGCAGUUCUAUUGGCCCUGGCGCGUAUACAAACGAGGCAGGGUCUCGCUCUACGGCCUUGCCUAGUCCUGUUCAUCCCGAAGUUCCUGGUAGCAACUCCACGACGCCAAAAGGCAGUUCCAAUCUGUCAAAGCCCCAGCUUCCAAAGACCCAACGCCAGGGCCCUCCAGGUAUACCCCUGGGGUUCGACAAAUUGCUCCACCACUCCCCGGAGCCCUCGCCUCCUCCAAGGCGGGCGUCAGCCUCCUCGCGAUACCAUUUAUAUAUUCGACAGCAGCCCAUAGCAGCUCGAGCUUGCGGUGCUGGCGAUAGAGACAGGCGGCCUGUUGAUCCGCCGCCAAUUGUACAGAUAUUGCUUACGGACUUCAAUGCACGAUCUCAAGUCGAUCUAGACAUUCUCCAAGAUCCCCGGCUGACUGUGGGCUGUCUUCUUCUCCCGGUGACGGGUCACUCUUGGCCAGGGUCGCCUGAAGCGGAUGGAACAGGCCCCAACCGAGAAGAACGCUCUGUCACACAACGAGCCGAGGAAAACGCUCCAGGCCAAUCGACACCGUUGCUUUCGGGGAAGGCUUUUGUCUCCCCCUUCUACGUUGACGCAGACCCAGACUCCGAGACGGCACCUCUUCAUCCCACUACUCCGGAUUUGAAAAUCGAGAGAAGAUCCAGCUCCACCACCGGAUUUGAGUCAGCUCAAGGGCGGAUUCCUGCUACUUUCUUUGUCUUUCCUGAUCUUUCAAUUCGGACCGCCGGUGUCUAUCGGUUCCAGUUCCGGCUGAUGAACUGGGGGCUUGUAGAGGACACGGGGCAAUCCAUGCCCAUUCUCGCAGAAGUAUGGUCAGACCCGUUCCGAGUAUACUCGGCGAAGGACUUUCCGGGAAUGAGAGAUUCGUCGCCUCUCACUGAGGCCCUGAAAGAGCUCGGGGUCGUGGAACUCAAAACCAGGGGGAAGGGGAAGGGGAAGGGAAGAAGGAGAUGA